AAUGUAGAAGGCCAAUCAGUACACACUGAUAGUAAUAUGAUUAGUACUUCGUUUAGUGUGCAGCAGUAUUAAAGCUGUAGUUGUGGUAAAAUACAUUAGUGUUACUUUGAUAACUUUGCCUACAUUUGCUGAUAGUGAUAACAUCGUUGAUUUACAUUUGUCACCAUCAUGAUGCUUGAUGUUUUGGACAAGUGUUUGAUUAGGAAUACUGACGGAGGAGUGAAAAAGUUUUUUGAUAUCGAUCACUCCAGCUGCUUUGGGAAAGAAUCGGUAAAAGAGAAGGGAGAAGGUGGGAGCAAUGAAAAGUUUGAAGAAGGUACAGUUGUCGGAGUGGACAAGGUAAAAUCAGACACAUACAGAGUUCAAUUCCUCCUCAAAACUGGCUUCAUUCAGCUGGUGAAAGAAGUGCCGUCUCGUCUGCCGUUUCUAAUACCGGAUAAAGGUUGGGCUGUCUGCACUCCUACCAAACUGCAUAACAGAGUAAGCAGAUUACAAGUUCGGGACAAAAUAGUCUUCAAGGUGGACGGAGAUAUGCCCCAAUCUAGAGGAUCUCUGAAACAGAGGUUGGACAGUGCUAUGUUUGAUGACUCAGACUUCAAAACGAGCAACCUCCUUUUUCCUCCUCUACCUCAGAUAACGAGAGAAGCAGACACCACCUCUUCCACUAACACAGCCUCUUCCACCAGCACAGCCAAGGACCGGAGGGAGAUUAAAGGAAAGCUCAUGAGCCACAUUGUAAGCUCAACCGUCACUACUUCUAAGGAGAGAGAGGAGUUGGUGAUGAGCUCCAAAAUGAAACGAUCCAUCCCCGGUGACUUCAGAAGUUCUGUGGAGGCUGGUAGGACAGGAAAGCAUGGGCUGACGGAUCCUAACGAUAGUACCGUAUCACAGAGCAGCAACAUGUCACACACGGAGCACGUCCCAAAUGUUACAAUCAUUCGCCGGUCCCAGAUCCCACAAUCCCUUGUAACACCCCUCGUAACACCUUCCCUGGUAACGCCUUCCCUGGUAACACCCUACAACACUUCUUACCCUGUAACAACACCUCCCCACAGUUCCGGAGAGUGUGAUGUCACUUCAACUCACAUCACUCCAGUCCACUCCAUCGACCAAUCACAUCCCCCUAUUCAGAACAUUGACCAAUCACAGCCGCCUAUUCAGAGCAUCGACCAGUUACGAACGCCCAUUCGGAACAUUGACCACUCACAGUGGUAUUUAUCACGGUACGCAGCAAGUUUGGACGCGACCCCCACCAACCUGCACACCCCCACCAACAUGCACACCCCAACUAGCAGCUUCCUGAACAGGACGGACGUGGACCGGACUCCUGUUAACUUUGCGGAGGUCCCUACUCCUACACAAGAUGACCUGGUCCACACCACCAUCCUCCACACCCCCAUCAGACGUCGUGUUAUCAGCAAACCAGCCGUCUCCACAGUGACCGUCAGUAAGACGGUCAGUAUCCCCGUCAGUACGGAGAGAGAAGGAGAGAGGAGGGAGGAAGGGGUAGAUACUGAGUCGGAGUUAGGACUUACUAUCUCUAUCAGCACUGAGUCUAUAAACGUAACUGACGACUAGUCCGUCAAAAAAUGGGGUCUUUUUAAAGUUUUGAAUGUUUUGCGUUUACAAACUCUAUUAAACUUAUAAAAGUUAUAUAAUAAGGUGUUGGCUAUGUUCUGUUCUUGAUAUUUGUAGUAUUUUGUUGUGAAUUAUAGUAACAAUUCGUAUUAUUCUGU